CGCUGCCAGAGCGCUCAGUCCCUCGGCCGCUGCGCAGCGCGUCUGUCCGUCCCCGGAGCCGCUCCGUGCCGCAGUCCCCGCGAGUCCCCGCCGCUCCGCGCGCAGCAUGGCGCCCCCCCAGGCCCGAGCCUUCGGGCUCCUGCUCGCGGUGGUCACGGCGACGCUGGCCGCGGCUCAGCAAGAAUGUGUCUGUGACAACUACAAGCUGGGGACAGGCUGCUUUUUGAAUGAAAGAGGGGAAUGCCAGUGUAAGUCCCUUGGCACAUCGAAUACUGUCCUGUGCUCCACAUUGGCAUCCAAAUGUUUGGUGAUGAAGGCGGAAAUGGCUCACAGCAAGUCUGGGAGGAGGCUGAAACCUGAGGGGGCGAUCCAGAACAACGACGGCAUCUACGAUCCCGACUGUGACGAGCACGGGCUCUUUAAAGCCAAGCAGUGCAAUGGCACCUCCACGUGCUGGUGCGUGAACACUGCAGGGGUCCGGAGAACCGACAAAGACACAGAAAUAACGUGUUCCGAGCGAGUGAGGACCUACUGGAUCAUCAUUGAACUAAAACACAAAGAAAGAGAAAACCCUUAUAACCUUCAGAGUCUGAAGACUGCACUUCAGGAUACGUUCUCAUCUCGAUACAAACUGCAUCCAGCAUUUAUCAAAAAUAUUCUGUAUGAGAAUAAUGUUAUCACUAUCGAUCUGAUGCAAAACUCUUCUCAGAAAACUCAAGAUGAUGUGGACAUAGCUGAUGUGGCUUACUAUUUUGAAAAAGAUGUGAAAGGGGAAUCCUUGUUCCAGUCUUCUAAGAAAAUGGACCUGAGAGUCAAUGGAGAACAGCUUGAUCUGGACCCUGGCCAGACCCAGAUUUACUAUGUUGAUGAAAAGGCCCCUGAGUUCUCAAUGCAGGGUCUCACGGCUGGCAUCAUCGCUGUCAUUGUGGUGGUGGCAUUAGCAAUCAUCGCGGGGGUAGUUGUGCUGAUCAUUACUACGAGGAAGAAAUCAGCAAAAUAUGAGAAGGCUGAGAUAAAGGAGAUGGGUGAGAUCCAUAGAGAACUCAAUGCCUAACUGCUCUGCUCUGAGAAUGGAACUACCAGAGGAGAAAUGGCAAAAGAACUCAGACUGCAAAUGUACAAACGUGGGACAAGAUGAAGACCUUUAAAGGGUUACUGUCCUGUUAGUUAAUACCACGUCUUUGUAAUAGUGAAAUUUAUACUCAUAAAUACAAGCAGCUUGACAUUGGCAUUACCAAUCUUGAAAUUAGACAGAUGUCUUAUAUAUGCAGGCCAGUGUGGAGCUCAGAACUUAGCCUGCAUAGUUAAAAUAAUUUAUGCUUAAUAUUGAGAGUGUCACAGACAUUCCACGGGAGAAUAUGAUGACCAGUCUCAUUUUCUGAUUUAAGCUACCUUUCUAUAUACCCGAGUCUUGUACAUAAUAAACUUUUUUUAAUGAAAUAAAACAUUUUAAAACUGA